GAGGACAUUGAAAAAGGGUUGGUUCUCAGCUCAAGAGAUGCUUGUCUUGCACAUGGAGGAAAUGGACUGGACUCAUGCAUAUAUCGGCAUUGUUUUUUACUUUUAUGAAAUUCUUUUCAAGAAGAAAUCCUCUUUUUUGAGAAAUGGAAGGCAACAGUGUCCAUCAGAAUUGUGCUCAUCAUCCAUGAUGCACAAGGAGCACUGAAGGUUUCAAGCAAGUUGCCAUGUCCUUCCUCUCACGUGCCUGCACACAGAGGAGCUCUGGUGGCCAAGAAGAUGGAGGUGACUGGGCUGGAUGAUUGUUAGCACGAGGGAGCUGCUUACCCAUCAGGACCUUUUUCAGUAGUCUCUUCUUCCCAACUGUUCAUGGCUCCAAAGGACACCACUUGUCAGCGUUCGCACUCAUCCAUGGCCCAUUGUGGAACUCAUUGAAGAGGAAAUCCUGCACCUUUUGUCAUGGAUGUGAGCUGAAAAGCUUCCUAGAUGUGGUGGACAGUAUCUGACAGAAGAUCAUGCUCACUCCCUGUCAUACGCCCCUUGUGCGAAAUGGGACGUAGCUUAUGUCAGAAGAUUGGGGUUUUGGCGUCAGAUCUUGUGAGCACCUUUUGGAGAAAAUGGAAUCUGGCUUGUUCAGUUUCCUUUUUUUUGGACUUUUUUGUCCCUGGGACACAGAUACCAAAGGCAGGGGGUUGCCUUGAAGUGGAGUUCACCUUUAGAGUAUCACCCUCCUCUCCUUCUUUCCAAACUGAAGAACUUGGAUGAUCCAUGAAGAACUGGAACUUCUGUGAAAAACACAGGAUUGCUCUUGCAGCUCUGCAAGGACUGUGAGAAAGUGUUGGUGGUUAAAGUCACUUCAAGAUUGUUGCAUCACACCAAUUUUUCCAAUGAGGAAUGUAUGUUCUGUGUACACCUGUGUGGUUUUCUGACCUUCAGUGAGCGCUAAUGCUAAACUUUCUUUCUAUUCUACUUUCUCUAGGUCCCCUAGCACAGAAUUGUGUAUGUUAAACAAAUGUGUUUUUUGCCAUGUUUUAUCCUUGUUAAAUCCCUCAGAUGUAACUGAUACAGAUGAUGGUACUCGUGAAAAUUCUAAACACCACCCCUGUGAAGAUUGCCUCGCAGAGGCCGAACAAGUGGCGGGGAGCGAAAGCGAAGCCGCUGCCUGCUCUAAAGAAGUUGAGGACGAUAACAUAUCCGUCACAAUCCAGGCAGAAGAUGCCAUCACGUUGGAUGUGGAUGGCGAUGAUCUCCUGGACACAGGUAAACAUGUGAAACUUCCAGAUUUGGAGGCAGGCAAGGGUUGUGAUGAGCCAGAGCCCUCUGCCGAGACGAGCCCAGAGGAAGACAUGAAGGCGGAAGCAAAAGAGGGUCAUAAAGAUGGUAAGAAAGAUGAUGGACCGAAGGCUGACCCUACCAAGAAGGAAAGCAGGGAGACCUCGAAGAAAGCUGAUAUGGGAGACAAAGAAAAGGAUUCUGGGAAGAAAGGCCCCUCGUCUACUGGGGCAACAGGUCAAGCAAAGAGUUCUUCGAAAGACAAGGAUGGAAAGAUGUCAAAGGAUGAAAAAGGCGGUGCGAGUGGCGGAGGCAGUAGCAGUUCAACGCGCAACCUGUGGGUGAGCGGUUUGUCAUCUAACACCAAAGCAGCUGACCUCAAGAACUUGUUCGGGAAAUACGGAAAGGUUUUCAGUGCCAAAGUUGUAACAAAUGCUCGUAGCCCAGGAGCUGAAUGUUACGGCUUGGUUACCAUGUCUUCAAGCGCAGAGGUGGCCCGAUGUAUCUCUCAUAUUGACCGGACAGAACUCCAUGGACAGCAGAUUUCCGUAGACAGGGUUAAAAGUGACCCAUUCAAAAAGGAAUUUUCCAAAAAGGAAGGGGAAGAGAAAACAAGCUCCAGUAAAACCUCAGGAGAAAAACGGACAGCAGCUGGGAUGAAGCCCACAAACAAAAUACCUGUAUCGAAGAAGGAAGACAAAAAAUCCGAUAAGCCCUCUGAGAAGGACAAUAAGGAUACAUCCAAAAAACAAGAGACAAAAGGUGCAAAGUCGGAGGCAUCAUUAUCAAGCACAGACAACUGUAAGAAAGAGGAAAAGAAACAUGGGCGUGUAAAGAGUCCAGGAAAAAUGGUGGUGAUUGAUCAGACCAAAGCAGAACCAGCCUUCAGCAAAAUCAGGCCUCCAUUUAGAAGAGGAAGAUUCGACAAGCCAGGUUUCCUGAAUGUGAUGCCUCGCCGGCCCAGAUGGUUCAUUCCUCCAGAAGAGAUGGAGAUGCUGAGAAACAAGGGCCGGGUCUUCCCCAGCAAGGGAGGUAGUAAGGACAUUCUUCCCUUUGAGAAGAUGAAGGAGCAGCGCAUGCGAGAGCGCCUCAUGCGGCUAGAGCGCAUCCGGAGAGCAAUGGAGCUUCGAAGGCGGCGGGAGAUAGCAGAACGGGAGCGACGGGAGCGUGAGCGCAUCCGUCUGUUGAGAGAGCGUGAGGAGCGGGAGCACCUCAUGCGAGAGAGGCAGAGGCUAGAGCUGGAAAGGCAGAAACUGGAGCGUGAACGCAUGGAGCGAGAGAGGCUGGAGCGAGAGAGGAUACGCAUUGAGCAGGAGCGGCGAAAGGAGGCGGAACGCCUAGCCCGUGAGCGGGAGGAAUUGAGGCGACAGCAAGAACAGCUGCGCUAUGAGCAGGAGAAGAGGAACUCCCUGAAGAGGGGACGUGAUGUGGACCACAGGAGGGAAGAUCCAUACUGGAAUGGCAAUAAGAAGCUCCAUCCAGAGGCAGAAGGCCGUAUGAGCCAGGGCUCCGACUACAGUCGGCAGCAGAAUCGCUUUGCUGAUUUCAGCCCCCGGGAGAGGGGUCGCUUCGAGGGCUCAUCAGUGGAGCCUCCUGCGUUUGAAAGGCGUGGCCGCUUUGAGGGUGAGCCUGAGGCAAAGAAAAGCAGGCCCCCACCCAGGAGGGAGAGCUCUGGGUUUGAUCGCUAUCCCAAAGGUUUUGACAAUGCUAGGAGGCCAGAGCCCCCCCCCCCUCCCCGUGGCGACCUGCGAGACACAGACCGGCGAGACAUGAGGGAUCGGGAUGAGCGUAGGACAGUGACUCUGCCCGAAAGGCCAGCCGGAGGCAGGGGAAACCUGCCAAACCUGUCCCACAAUCGGUCUCCGAGGGAUUCUGCACAUGGAGGCUGGAAAAAUGCAGCAGAGAUUGUGUCAAACAAGGGGGACAUCCGGGGAGCAGUGCGGCUGCGGCCUGAGCAGCGGUCUGGACGGGAUGGGCCCGACUCGGGGCUUAGGGGGACCCCCUCAGCUAGUCGCGGAAGAACCAGCUUCAGUGCCCGAGAUGGCGCUCCUCCACCCCCAUCUAGCCGCCGAUCCGGUUUCAACGAUAGAGAUGGAGGCAGGCCCAUGGUGAUGGCUGAACAGCACUUCAGCACAGGACGGCAGGUCGUAGUAGAGCGACACAACCGCGAUUCAGGUCCCAGGAAGGAGUGGCAUGGUGGUCCGAGUGGCCAGAGCGGAGGUUUCCCUGACAACCGCAGAAUGGGGGAAAGCAGAGGCAGCAUGGUGGGGCACCACUCCAGCCAUUCCUCAACAGGGAUGAACAGAAUAGUGCAGAUCACCAGCUCCAUGUCUGGUGGAAGUGGUGGUGGAUUCAAGUCCUUCAAAAAUGCCCAGAGGAGGUUUUAGCUCCUACAUUGCACCGCCUUCCUUUAGUGAAAUCUGAGCUUUUUUGCAAAACUUUUUUUUUUUAAACUAUUUUUAAAUUGUUUCUAUUUUCAGUAUGUCCUAAAUGGCUGAAUUAAGUUGAAGGCGAGCCAUUAUGUGUAUAGAUGCUUGUAAACUUUCCUAACAAUUCUGCUGUGCCCAUGAAAUGGAAACUGUGCACAUGUUAUUACUGAUAUUUGGUUAAGACUUGUACAGCUUUAGUUUAUUUGUAACAAGUUUUCAUAUGUGGCUUCAGAACUGCCCUUUUCCUGAGGAAGUACCCAUUUUGUACAGUGGCUGCAUUAUGAUGCGUUCUUUAACAAGAGCCUCAUUUCAUUAUGGUCCUUUUCGGAUACCCUUGAAGUUAUUAAAUUAUACAUCUUGU